AUGGCUCUUCGGCAACAGCACGUCACUUUAAAUUAUCGCCAUUACGCCCUCGUAUAUAUCGACCGACACGGUAACCUCCACCAUGAGUUGUCGCCUUCCGUUGCGGAUGCUAGUCAGUCGAUCCUGUCACCUGAAGUCACUACUACCUUUCUGGCAGCGGCAGCGGCAGCGAACCCAGCGACAACAAAUGUGCUUAGCGGCCCUAGUGGCAUUCCUUUCUUCAAUGCAGGCGACAGAGAAACUUGGUUAACGGCCAUAUCUAAGGCUUCUAGCCAAUCGACUAGGACUACGAUAUCGAUCGACAAUGCAGAAUUACUGCGUCUUUAUUACGAAGAGGGGUUGGAAAAAUUCCACCAAACAAAUUGUCGAGCCCUUGCAAAAAGCUACAUAAAGCUCAUAGAGCCACACAAGCGGACACAUUAUCCAUAUAAUGGGCGAAUGGUUGUCUCAGGCAGACUAGUACAGCUAGAUCCAGAGACAACUAAGCCGCCAUGGUGGCCAUCUGGGGUGACCCACCGUGAACCCGAUCGCCUUACGAAAGCCGAACGUAUCCGACUUCUUGUCUCUAUCAUAUGCGACCUACGGUCUAGCCAUCAAAUCACUGCCAAGAAACUAAGAGGUGCCGACGAGGCUAUUCGUGGUCAGGUAACCCCACCUGAGCAACUCCGAAUUCUGGACGAAAUCUACCGAGUUCGCGAACAGGAAGAGAAAUUUCUUGAUGGGGCAAAUUACUCCCAGGUCGAAAUUGCGAUCCCAGGCAAUCAAGAAUCCCAAACGCAGUCAACUCUGGUUUCGUAUGAGAAAGAUAAACAGGAACUCACACCACGAGAGUAUGGCCAGAUGCAGAGGAUAUUAUCUACCUGCGAUAUUGCUCCUCCGGUCAGGCCAGCUAUGGUGCAAAGCCAUUGCCCAACUGGCUCGGACCCCGUUUACUAUGCACCAGUGGGCUUAGAGUACUCUUCAAUGCCUAUUUCUGGUGCUCCACAAGGCUUGAAAAGGAAGCGUGAAUAUUCCAAGAUCCUUCCAGCAUAUCAGAGCAGCUCCAUAGAACCGAUACACAACAUCUCGGGUCCUACCAGCAAUAUGCAGCCAUACUCAAACGACUUUUAUUACAACGCUCCUAUGCUACCAUACCAUGCAUACCAUGGGACGGAGAACUUAGGUCAGCCUUACGUCGCCUACAUCUAA